AUAUACUCCAUGUGACUUGAGAUUAAAGCGUACGUCCGAGUAUUCUCUGAUUUUAUUUUACCCUUCUCAGUGGUCGGUGGCUCAGGCCUAUGGAGAAUACUGAAUUUCUGGUAGAUGAUGAUGUUUCGGCGCUAAUCGAUUGGGAUAUUCUUGAUGAAUCGCCGGAUUUUGCUCAUAUUUUCGCUACAGGGGCCCCCGCGUCCGCCGUUCCAUCGGCUGUCCACGAAUCGUCGGAAAACUCUCCUGAUUCGGCGGUCUCUACGUGGUUAGGCGAGAUGGAGAACUUGCUCAUGAAAGACGACGAUGAUUCCGCUGCGGAUCUGGACUUCCACUCGUGCGAGGAUUUCGUGGCCGAUAUUCUCUUUGAUUCUAAUUCCCGUGAGUUAUGUGAUGUUUCAACGGAUAAGGAAUCGAGCGGUUCGGAGUCGGAGAAGAAGGAAAAGCAGGACACGGUAGACGGUUCUGACGUGAACGGUGAUGAUGAGGAUGCUGAUGAUCCCGUCACCAAGAAACGAAGAAGGCAGAUGAGAAAUAGGGAUGCGGCAGUGAGGUCAAGAGAGAGGAAGAAGAUGUACGUCAGGGAUUUGGAGAUGAAGAGUAGGUAUUUAGAAGGGGAAUACAGGAGACUGGGGCGGUUGCUUCAGUGUUUUGUCGCUGAGAAUCAAGCUUUACGUCUUACUUUGCAGAAAGCCAGUGCAUUUGGUGCUUCGUCGGCCAAGCAGGAGUCUGCUGUGCUCUUGUUGGAAUCCCUGCUGUUGGGUUCCCUGCUUUGGUUCCUGGGCAUCGUGUGCCUGUUCUCUCUACGAACACUACCUCUGUCGAAUGUGGGGGAAGUUCCAUUGGGAAACCUGGGAAAGAAAGGUCCAGAAAGUCUGGUUCCAAAAGGAGCAGGAAGUAACAUGUUUUUAUUCCCUGGUGUACAAUUGUUGGUGAACAAUAGGAGGUGCAAAGCUUCAAGGACGAAGAUGAAACCUAGAGUUCUUUUUCGUGAAGUAUUGGUGUGAAGCGUUUCUUGUCGACUCUUUUUUUUUUUUUUUAGCAUAAAUAAUCAUGGUUGAUGGUUUUGAUUAAAAAAAAUCCUUUAUUUGGUAUGUGUGUGUUUCAUUUUGGUUUCUGUUGUGUACGAGUGUCCGUGGUUUGUUCAUUCAAUUGGUAGCAUACCAGAGCUCAUGAAAAAUAAUGGCACAAUGGGGGAUCUCUUCAAAAGAAUGAUGGGUAUUGCACGACUUCUGGAUGCGAGUGUGGGUACACAGUUAAAGUGAAGCUACCCAAAUGAGGGUUUGAAGCUGAAAUACAGGCUUUCCGUUGGAUGGUUAGGUCGAGAAUACAACAGGCGGUCGUGGAUGCACACUCAGUGUGCUCCUUGUAAAUUACAAUGGGCUCUUCUGAGAAUAUUCCAUGGGAAUCUAUAGGUAUAUUAAUGUCGACGUCUUAGUAAUUUGGAUAAGUUUCUAUGUAAUGAAUGGGGAUGAAUGGGGAGUCGAUUAGACAUCCUAAGAGGAUCACAAUGGACACUAUCGUGCCCACAUAUUUCAUACGCCUCAAUUAUUGUGUAUUUAUUGGUUUAUCAAGUGUUACACUCUAAUAUAUCCAUAGU